GAUGGAUGUGAAGUAAGGGACACCCCAAUUAAACCACUAAAACGCUACGCUCCAUCCUGAUCCUGGCCCUCUCCAUCACCACCAAAAGAAACACCUGCCAUGCCAUGAUCACUUCUAUCCCCCUUCCAUUCCUUCACUUUCCUUGCUCACGUGCUUCUAAUGUGAAAACAAUUCUCUUCCCAAUCUCCUCCUCAACCUCACCUCUCACAAACAACCUCGCCGCACUCCCCUCUUUCAGUCUCCCUCGCUAUUCCGGCAGCCGGGUUCCUCCCCGGCGACUGUCUCUGAUCAUGUCCUCUGCGAUCUCCCGACCGGAACCGAUCGAACUCAGAGACGAUUCUGAUUUCCGCAGUUUUCUCUCUUCGUCCGACUCCGAUCUCAUCUCCGUCUGCGGCUUCGGCUCUCUCCUCUCUGAGAGAAGUGCUAGAAGUACAUUUCCAGAUCUACUCAACUUUAGAGUUGCAAGACUGAAUGGAUUUAGACGGGUCUUUGCUCACGUAGCUCCUAUUUUCUUUGAGCGUGGUAUCGCCAAGCCUGAAACCAAGGAGAUUUCGAGCUUGAGUGUGGAGCCGUGUGAAGGUGAAAGUCUAGUAGUUACAGUUUUUGAGAUUGAAAAAUCAGAGAUUCCAGCUUUUAUGGAGAGGGAGCUCGAGUUUCGAUUUCUAGCUGUUGUGCCUGAAACACUGGAUGGCAAGCCGUUUGAUUUUCCUGCGGUGCUUUGUGCACGUUAUAAUGAUGAAGAGUUUUUCCAAGUUAGAUGCAAAGGAAGUAAGGAGAUUUAUUUUCAGCAUUAUGGAAGAUAUAACAUUGAUAAGAUCUGGAGAGAUGAUAUAUUACCUUGUCGUGCUUAUCUUCGUCACUGUGUGUUGGCAGCGAAGAAUCUCAGCGAUGCAGCCUACAACAAUUUUUUGGAACACACUUUCCUUGGAGACCGCAAAACAACCAUUCGUGAGUACCUAGCUACAACAGGAGCUGGCAUAAUGGAAGAAGUGCCCCCGGAGUCCCUGAAGACACGUUACGGUGGCUAAUUUCAAUAAAUUGCUGUGCUAACGUAUCUGCGGUCUGUGAAAGGUAUUGGUAUUUCAAAAUGGCAAAUCAUCUUAGAUUUCACUUCCUUUGAUUUUAAACUGUAGAUGGAGGAAAAGAAAGCUGUAGCUUGUAAACAUUUGAAUAUAUUUGAAGUUCAAACUCCAAUUCUUUGGGUCGAUGCCCUAUAAAGGAGAGGAAAUAAUUUUUUU